GAUGUGGGACCUCCUAGCUGCUGUGACGCCUCCCCAAAUCCUGUAUUUGGACUGUGGGUCCUGCAGCGUCCACGGCGCAUCCCAUUUCAUGGCUCCUCACACGUGAAAACGAAGGGAUUUGUACGCGCAGUAACGCGUUGCACAGGGAUGACUGAAGGAAUCCCAGCGGUUCUGUUUCAAUAAGAGGCGCAGCUGUCCUCCUCCAGGGACGACAUGAUGUCUGCAGUGGAGACCGGCUUGUACCAGCCCGCUCAGCUGCUCAGCUGGGUUUACAUGUCCUUACAGGACGCCCCGGGCAGCGCGUUCGACUCGGACUCCUCUGCUCCGGACGGGACAGAGCGCAUCGCAGCUGAUCUGAGCUCCAACUACCUCAGUAACUUUUUCCAUCUGAACACUGAGGCUUUGACUAAACGUUUCUACAAAAGCUCCUCCCCGUGUGGAUCCUUCAGUAACAUCGUUGACGGUCUGAACUCUCUGGCGGACCAUUUCUCAGAUCUCUCCCUGUCCCCCGAGACGCACAAACCCAGCAAAAGGCCGCCUCCCAACUACUUGUGCCACCUAUGCUUCAACAAAGGACACUACAUCAAAGACUGCCCUCAGGCUCGACCCAAAGGUGAAGGCCUGACCCCGUAUCAGGGAAAGAAGAGGUGCUUCGGGGAAUAUAAAUGCCCGAAAUGCAAGAGGAAGUGGAUGAGCGGCAACUCCUGGGCCAACAUGGGGCAGGAGUGUAUCAAGUGCCACAUCAACGUUUACCCCCACAAGCAGAGACCUCUGGAGAAACCGGACGGCUUGGACGUGUCGGACCAGAGCAAAGAACAUCCGCAGCACCUGUGUGAAAAAUGCAAAGUCCUCGGCUACUACUGCCGCCGCGUGCAGUGAGACGCUUCGCCUCCCCCCCGCUGAGUGUGGACUUCUUCAGAGAGUCACCGUUCCUGGUUUAACUGUUUAAAAACGCGCAAUGAUGAAUAGUUUUUUAUACUGGGAUGUUUCUAACAGAUAGUUCUCAUAAAAUAGAUUUUCUGCAAGACUGUCUCAGUGGAAAUGAGUUCUUCUGGGUUCUUUAAGGUGACUCGGUUUAUCUUCACGUGAAAUCUCCUCUCUUACCAAAGAACUGUGAAUUACUGUGAAUUUUAAACAAGGUUAGCUCUAUCUGUCUCAACGAAGCGCAACGGAGUUUCAGAUCAAAAGUCUUCCACACGUUUGUAUAUUUCCAAAAUUAUUCACUGUAAAUGUAAUUAUGUUCUUUUUAUGUAUAAAAUGUGCAAGUCUUUACCAAGUAUAUGCAGCAUGAAGAUGUUUCUGCUCUGCUCUCAGUACAUGUGGGUACAUCUUUUUUUUUUUUUAAGGUUUUGGCAGGAAUCUAUUCGACUGUAAUGUUAUAGUGUGAUGAUUGUUAUGAACACACCCGUCCGUUGGUUCAGGAUCUUAAUUAACAUAGGAAGAUAUAACAAACCUUAAAAAAAAAAAGGCAUACAGCGCUAGGAAUACUCACCAAUGCGCCAUAUAAGGUUGUAAGAAGGUAUUUGGGACCAAAGAAGGGAUAAAAAAAACAACUGAAUAGUAGCAGAAGUUGGGAAGCAAUAAUCAAUGGAUACUUCUUUAUUAAAGGUCAUAAAACCUAAAUGAUGUAAAGUUCUACAUAAAGUGCCUUAUUUGAAUAACAUUAAACAGAUGUGUUGAGCAUUCUUACAUUAAAACGCUCUUAUUAAGAUGUCUGUGAUUUUGUCUCUGUAUAUAAAACAUGUUUAUGGACGCCUGAAUUCAUUUCUCUUCUGGAUUUGAUCUUCCAUGUGUUUUAAAUCUUUAGGCACUUGAUUUAAAUUUGCUUGACUUUGUUUUAAUAUUAACUGAUUCUUGAUUUUUUUGUUUUUUUCCACACAUACUUUUAAAAUGACUUUACAAUAUCUUCUAGGAAUAAAGUUGACCAGUUAGGGACCAGGCUGCCAAGUAAUGAUCUCUACUUAACUAGAUUUUCCAGAUUUUGGGUGCUUAAUACCUUUGUGGAUUAUGCUUAGAAAACAAAAGUGAAAUAUGCUUUUAACACUGCUGUAUGCAACCCUAUGUUUAUUACAAUUUAUUGGGAAAUGUAUAUAUAUAAAAAAAAGCUGAUUUCGUUUUGUUGCAGUAAAUCUUCCGUUUAUUAAUUGCUGUAAUUAAGAAUCCAUGACUUUACAAAUACGGGACAUUGAUGCCCAUUGCUCUCACCCGCUGUUCAAAAGGGGAAAAACAU